UCCUACAAAAAAUGAUCUCUUUAAAUCUUCCUUCGCGAACAUCGCGAGAAGUUAUUUUAUACAGCAUAAAAAAUGAUAUGCGAUACGCAUACAUGCGUCGGUUGUCAGUAUCUGGAGCAGGACGAGCAGACGACGAGUCUCGCGGUUUUCCUGGCCAAUUGUCAACAUGCGAAAUGUAAGGUGGUUCGCCUGGUCCGUCAGCAAAUGAGUAAACUACAGAACAUGCAGCACGAACGCUACCUGGUCAUUAGCAAAGCACGUGAUGAGGUAUGCGAAGAGACUCGUAGCGAAAUGCCUGUUAACAUGAGCGAAGUAUCUUACGAUGAAGUCCGCGAAAUAUAUGAUGAAAUGCACGAGAUGCCACACGACGAUGAAAUAUACGAAGAAGGCAAAACACGGCAACCGUAUGAUGAAGAGUACGAUGGAGUAUACGAAACGCAUAAGGCAGUUACAGUUGCAAACCGGACUGUCGAAAAGAUAAACGCGAAUGUAGAGUUCACAUCCUUGCAUCGUGCGACGUCUCUCAGAGGAGCGUUGAUAGACCGCAAGUGGGUGCUGAGAAUUUUAGAUCGUUUUCGUCAUCGAGCAUAUCUGAUACUGGUGGCCGCUGCGGUUGGCGUAAUAGUCUGGUCCGCUCUGGUAUACGGGGUCUUCCUGGGUGCGACUGCUUGCGGAAGCAGUCGUACCUGCUUCGCGUCGACUCUUAGAUACAAGCAUGCCAAACGCUCUUUAUUUUAAAUCGCAUGCUGUUCCUCUGGUGGUAGGAAUACCAAUAUUAUAUUUUUUUAUUUUAUAUU